GCUAGAUGACCGUCGAUGAAUCUGCAUACGAAGCUCGGCUGUUCGCGGGUGUGCACAAAAGUUUCGAGAUUCGGUAGCCUGCUAUAGCGCUUUAGUAUAUCGGGAGUUGGCGUGUGUCCGUUGCAUAGCUUUAGCACAUAUGCCGGUACGGUGGGCCACCUCAGGACGAGGUUCGAGGAGGUGUGGGAGUUGUCCCCGUCGCCCGAUGUAGGCGAGUAGGUAAACAAGCGCCCAUGUGUAGUGAUAUCGUAGAUGAUGGUGAUAAUGAUGAUCAUGAUGUUGAUGAUGAUGAUUAUGGUGCAGAAGCAGUCCCAGUGAUAUCGUUCCCAGUCAAUCGGAGGAAGAUGAAUAAAGCAAGCAAAAAUUUCCAUCGGAAAAACAUUCUAGCGAAUCGCACUGAUUACUGAGCUCGAUGAAGCAAAACAACCCCAACUGCCGAUAGGAGUGAAGUGUGAAAAAAGUGAUAGUGAUAAGCUUAGGCCUAAGUACAAAGUAUAGGGAGGCAAAUUGUACCACAGGAUGAACGAGUCGUCGUCGAUUGAGUCGCUACUGGCCGUGAUGGUUGGUGCCGGUUCCGAAAGUAGUGAUGGAUUUCCGCUGGCAGCUAAUGAUUCUUUUCGCGAGCAGUGCCUUCAGCUGAACGAUACGCUAUUCUUGGAGCUUUCAUGUCCGCCGCUGUUCGAUUCCAUCUCCUGCUGGCCAAGGACACCGUCGGCGACGACGGCCGUCCUGCCGUGCUUUUCGGAGUUCAAGGGCGUGCAGUACGAUACGACACAAAACGCCACCCGGUACUGCAACAUCGAUGGAACCUGGAACAUAUUCGCCAAUUACGAUGCCUGCAAACACCUGGAACCAGCGGCAUCGGAUCAAACGCUCGAAUCGUUCAUCGAACUUCCGAUAAUCAUCUACUUUGUCGGAUAUACCAUCAGUCUGUUGGCGCUGUUCUGUGCCGUUACCGUGCUGGUUUACUUUAAGGAACUAAGAUGCCUCAGGAACACGAUUCAUGUCAACCUCUUCGUAACGUACAUCAUGUCAUCCAGCUUUUGGAUCAUUAUACUCUCUCAACAGGUGUUUAGUUGGCGCAAUUAUCUGGUCGCCAAGCAAGGACUGGUGGAUUGCAUAUUUCUAGUGACGUUAUUCCACUACUUCAGCACGACAAACUUCUUCUGGAUGCUGGUGGAGGGUCUCUAUCUCUACAUGCUGGUGGUGCAGACGUUCUCCGGCGAUUAUUUACGUUUUUGGAAGUACUCCAUCAUCGGUUGGGGAGGUCCUUUAAUCUUCGUUGGAGCGUGGGCCAUUACCAAGUCCCUCUACCCAUUCGACAUGAUGUCGGAGCUUCCCAACAAGCUGGAAAUUGAAUGCUCGUGGAUGAGGGAAUCUCACAUCGACUGGAUCAUCCAGGGCCCAUCCUGCACUGUGCUGGUGAUCAACCUUAUCUUUCUGCUGCGGAUUAUGUGGGUUCUCAUCACCAAGCUCCGCUCGGCCAAUACGGUCGAAACGAGGCAAUACCGGAAGGCAUCCAAGGCACUGCUGGUACUUAUUCCGCUGCUGGGCAUCACCUAUCUGGUGGUGAUCUACGGACCGCACGAAGGCGUCGGCAGUCGGAUCUUUGCGGUUACUCGAGCUGUGCUGCUGAGUACGCAGGGACUAGUCGUUUCAAUGCUGUACUGCUUCCUGAACUACGAGGUCCGGGGUACUCUGCGGUUACACUACUACCGUUGGCGAGACGAGCGCAACAUCCGACUCGGCAUCAUUUCCAAACAUCGAAGACCAACCAUGAGUGGAACUGAAAGUAUACGCACCCUGGAGUACAGUAUCGUGAUAAUGAAAAGCUUAGCACCACCAAGAAGGCACAGCAGCAUCCACAACUACAGCAACAACAACAACAACAACAACAACAACUGAGCGGAGAUGGCCAAAUUUGUGUACGCCAGACUCCGUCGGGAUUGCCCGGGAAAACUUCGACGAAAUAACUUGGAUAAUUGUGUGCGGUUUAGACGAAAUGGACGCAACCGGAACGACGUCGGAAACUCCAAUUAAAUUGAAUUCCAAAACAAACAUCGUCAUCGAGAAUGGUUUCAUUUUUUAUUUGGGUGAUUGUUUGUUUGUGGAGACAACUUUUAAUAUUUGCUACACCGACACCGACAACGAUCUUCUGUGUAGACUAGUAUGUUUGUUCAACAAUUGUGGAUUAGGGAAGAGUACAGAAAAAUAAGAGGCAAGAGUAAAUAGUAUUUUGUAACAGACAGUCUACGGAUGGAAUUUCAUCUCAUCCGCUAACAGAAGUUGAAAUGGAAAAUGUUUAAGCUUAGUCGGUUGGAUAGGGUAAAUACAGUCAUUUAGCAAAACGGAGUUUUCACAUGCAGCAGGUACUUGAUGGAGGCGAAAUUCAGGGAGGGUGUAAAUAUUUACUCUUUCGAUAUGCAAAACGUUUGAAAUUGUGGCGUGUGUGAUCAGUGAAUAGAUUUAAAGUGUCAGGCCUAGAUAGGAUUUUGGUGUGGCCAUAUACAAUUGCGAAUUGAGAGGUCUGAAUUUGACAGGCAGCUACAGAGUGUUACAGUGUACAACAGAUUUAGGCUAGAUUGUUUAGAUGUAAGAUUCAUACGAAUAAGAGACCGAACCAAAGCUUACGAAUGUUCAUAUUGAUGGUAAUAUUUUUUGUAUAUAUUUGAAGGCAGAAUACAGACACAUGUUUAUAGCUAGCAUCUCGAUGUAAA